GAGCGGCGGGUUUUGGCUGCCGCGGGACGCUGAGAACUACACUCCCGCGGCCGCUCAGGUUCCACACACAUUUCAUGGCUAUUUCCACACUUGUUUUGAUCUUUACACUGUUUCCUAUGGCUUUCCCGGAGGUUUGAAGGCUAGCAGAAUAAAAAUAUGACAAGGGAAGAGCAGUUGCAGGGAUAAGAAACGAGAUAUGGGCGCGUUAAUAAAACCCAUCUUUCGAGGCCCGAGUAUUCCUUGUCGCAGGCCCCGCCGCCCCGGGCCCGGGGACGAGGGUUCGGAUCCCCUUCCCGGGCCUGGCCUCGGCGGGGCAAUAAUCAUUACGUCGAGUCUGCGUCCUGAUGUGUACUCGUAGCCGUUGGUCCUCAAAGUGUAAAUCUUCUCAGGAAAUAUCUAAGAGCAGAGGCGUAAAUGACCAUUGAAAACAUAAACAUGGGGGAACAACCCAUAUUCUCCUGCAAGGCACAUGUCUUUCACAUCGACCCCAAAACCAAGCGGUCAUGGAUCCCCGCGUCCUCAUCCGCUGUCUCUGUCUCCUUCUUCUACGACUCCACCAGACAACUCUAUCGCAUCAUCUCUGUCGAGGGCACCAAGGCCGUCAUCAACAGCACCAUCACCCCCAAUAUGAUGUUCACCAAGACCUCUCAGAAGUUUGGUCAAUGGUCGGACAUGCGCGCCAACACGGUGUAUGGCCUUGGCUUCUCCACAGAGGCUGAACUGAACAAGUUUAUUGAGAAGUUCCAGGAGGUGAAGGAGGCCACACGCUCAGGCAAGACCAACGGCACCAUAGUUGGGGCUGGGGCAGGCAGUGGCGGGGCGGCAGCUACUGGUGGGGUGGGUGGCGGGGCAGGGGCUGUGUCUUCAUCUUCCGGCUCUGCCUCGGCCACAGCAUCGCCGCUCACCACUCGCGCCAAGAACCAGCAGGACCCGGCGGGGGAGGUCAAUGCUGUAUCCUCAGACCUGGACUCUCUAGUUCUGGCUCUUGAGGAUGACAUCGAUGCAGCCUUGAGGGGACUCUCAGCCCGCCGGUCCAGAAGUCUUUUAGGUCUGGACCACCUUGCCCUGGCCAACUCUAAUGACAUUAAUGCCUCGCUGCUCAAAUCAUCCUUAGUUGCUCACCAGCGCUCACAAAGCCUCUCAGGCUUGCAGCCAACAGGAGAGAGUCCCAAGCACAAGCAGGGAGGAGGAGGCGGGGGAGGAGGGGGAGGCGGGGGAGACAAGGUGGGAGCUGCCGGUGCCGGGGGAAACGUUGACACUCAGAUGCAGCUGAAGUAUGAGAAUGACCGGCUCAAGCUUGCUCUUGCUCAAAGUUCUGCCAAUGCCAAGAAGUGGGAAAUAGAGUUGAAUUCCCUAAAAACAACCAAUGCCCGGCUCACCUCAGCCCUGCAAGAGUCAACAGCCAACGUGGAGGAGUGGAAGAAGCAGCUGCAGACCUACAAGGAGGAGAACAGUCGCAUGAAGACACGCAUACACGAACUUGAUGCCGGAGGCCGGAUAGGUUUAGGUGAGUCUGAGGAGCUGGUGAAGGAGGUGGCAUCCUUGAGGGCGAGGCUAGAGAGCACAGAGGACGAACUCAGAUCUCGGGAGUCCACAAUAGAGGAGAUGGAGGCCCAGCUGCAACGGGCCAGAGCAGACGACCUACGGGAAAAGAUGCAGCGACUGAGCGAUGAGAAUGAACAAUUACGAAUGGAGACGGUAAGAGCCCAGUCACAGCUUGAGGUGGCCAUGUCAACGCAGGACACACAGCGAGGCGUGGUAGAGAGCGUCAACAUGCAGCUUGGCGACCGCAUCAAAGACCUACUGGCCCUCCACCACGAACUGAACCACCUUCUUAACACCUGAGGGGGGCCAGGUCGGGGGCCGCCGGCCGCCCCGCAGCAGCAGCACUCCGGCACUGCCCAGAGGAGGACCAUCCGCCUCCAGGCCGUCUGGCACGUGUAGUGAGCGCGGGGAUUGCGGCCGCUUCUGACCUGGAAACACGCUAGCUGCUACUCUUGUAUCCUUUCUGUCUCUUGUGUCUCUCUGUCCCCCUCUUGCUGCCCCUAAACUCAAAGAUGUCUGUUGUUCAUCAGUUGUUCCUCCUUAGCCCCCAUCCAACCACCCCAACCCACCCCCACGCCCUGCUGCUUGACCCUUCCCCUUGACCUCCUCUGUCCUGCAGCCCCGCCCACUCCCUCCGUUCGCCGCCCAAGAGUAGAGGAGUCUUGACCUGUCUGCCAUCCACACUUACACACUCACACACACACACACACACACACACACACACACACACACACACACAGACACACACACAGACACACACACACACACUUCAUGGUUUUUGUUUUCCUCCUUCCCGCAGGAACUAAACACUCUAGUAGUAGCGCUGCUACUUAGCUCUUAACUCAGCAAUACAUAAUAUUCUCCAUAGUUCUCCUUCCUUGUAAUUCUAUUCUUUUUAUUUGUUAAUCAAGGGUGUUACAUUUAUCACAUCUUAACAUCUUUGAACUUUUACUUACAUGGCUCAUGUUAAGAUGACUUGCAUGCAUUGUGUGAUUAAUUAAGUAAUACUUGAUUAAUGCCCAGUUGAUAUUCAGCCAGCAAGGAAAAUGACUCUUCCAAGAAGUCUGUAUGAUCCAGUAUUUUACUCAAUAUCCUUGAAAUCUUGAUUUUUAUAGAUACUUAAUGAUUUUAAUGAGCACCAUCACCAGGUUAUCUCAGUUCAGCUGAAUGAAGAAUGAUUUUAUGAUUAUCUUAAUGGAUGUUUUAUGAUACUUAACGAUCUUAUGGAAUUCAGUACACUGAGGGACGAAUCACACAGGAUGGAGUUUAGCAUAGGAAUUUCUAGGUUAUAUUUUUAGGAAGUGAAGUACUUAUAGUUUUACUCUUAGAGGAGAGUGUCGUGCAGGACAUGAGGUAACAUUCCAUUACGGUCCCUUUGAGGCUCCCUUAAGGCAGCUCACAAGCAGGUCAGGUGAUCACUUUGCCUUGCCGCUCACUUCAGUCCUUGGUUGUGUUUGAUAAGAUGUUUGCAUCAUGAUUUCUCUGAUAAUAUUUUAUAGCUAAGUAUUGCAGAAAUUCAUCAUGUACGUUAAUAUCACUGCCUCUCGGACUCGCUUCAGCCUCACAGUGGUCCCUAAAGGCUUGUGCUGCGUGAUCAGUCAGCCUUUCAAAUGUGCCAAAUAUCAUAGCUGGAAAGACUUUUAAAGCAUUCAUGCAUUGGAAAGUAAAUUUACAGCUUUUAGAUAUUCAUUGCAUUGUUACUAAAAUGAAUUUUACAAUUUUUAGAUUGUUGUAGCAGUUUACUUAAACAUUGCGUGCAGACUUACAAGUCAUUUUACGACAAUUCAAGAUUGCAUAUCCAGUUAAAUAAACUUGUUCUCGUUGCCAGCCACGCCAAACACAUCUCUAGCAUCAACUCAUCCAGACAUCCAGAUAGCAGAAUGAUUCAGGCAAAGUAAUGAGCGAAGUCAUCUGCAUCUUUUUUUCCUAUCAACAUUAUCAUCAUCAUAAUUAUCAUUAAUAUUAUCAUGAUUAUCAUUGUCAUCACCAUUAUUAUCAUUAAUAUUAUCAUGAUCAUCAUCAUAGUCAUCAUCAUCAUCAUUGACAUUUGUGAAUCAGCACCAUCAUACUGAUUAUUAUCAUUAUCGUCAUCAUCAAUAUCCACCCUAUUUUGUGGAAAUGCAUGGUGUUAGUUAUGGUCCCAGUGGUAGGAGGAGGCAAGAAAAUGAGAAACCAGUCAAGUCUGAGAAGGAAACAUUGUCCGGUGAACUGAGCUGCAUGGCUGUCCAGACCCGGUGUCCUCUUGAAGUCAAUGGUGCGAGAGCUUCCCUCUCCAUCACCAAGUAUCACACCCCGUCUGGUGCACAAACCUGCGGGCUGCCUCCCUCACCACCAGCCUCAGCCUCUUUGAUGUCUGUUUAGUAGUAAACAAGAAAUUCAAGCAAAAUCAUUCCAUACUGAAGUGAAGCUCUGGGAAAACUCAGGGUUUUAGGAGGAUUAUGGUGAAUAAACACUCAGGGUUUUAAGAGGCUUAUGAUAAAUGAAAACAAUAAUUCUUUCUGUUAAGGAAUGGUAAAAUGGGGCUGUAUAUAAAUAAGAUUAAUAUAUUUUUCUUAAAUGCAUGAUCAAAGCAAAUUUAGGGAACAGUACGUGUUCUUGUUUUGAAUAUAACGGAAUUUAUCAUUUACAGUAGUAUUUAAUGUUCAGUUAGAUGUAUAGUGGAGAGAGCGAGAGCAAGAGAGUGAGAGAGAGAAAGAGAGAGAGAGAGCGAGAGCGAGAGCGAGAGAGAGAGGGAGAGAGAUAUGCCUUGUGAUGGUGAACAUUAAAACAAACUAAGGAUCAAGGAGAGCUAUCCAUUAACAUCCCUUUCCUCCCCAAGAUUCUCCUUCCAGUGUAGUGACAUUUUUGGAAUGUAAUGCCCUUGCUGAGUCUUGACUCUUGUGACACUUAACCCUUUUGACCGGAGGCAACUAAAAAAAAGACCAUUAGGCAGCUUGCGAGGCCAAACACACUGUAAUCAAGGUAGCUACUUUAGUAUUUGUUUGUAAGUCUUAGAGAAGUGAGUACGAGUGUUCCCGGUGGUCAGUCAAAGCACAUGAAUACGAGCACAGUUUUAGUUUUGUAUGUGCUUAUACAUAUUUUUAAUACAUAAAUAUGCUGCCCAUUUUUAUAGGUCACCAGAGGUGAUGAUUGAUCUUUUGACUGGAAAUUCAGGUACCAGGUCUAAAGGAUUAAUACUUUUGUUUUGAAUGACAUUUUUGUAACUUUUUUAAUGAUGUUAUAGGGACCUUGACACAAGAUCUAACUGACUUUUAAUUCUUGGAGUUGAUUACUUAGGUAUCAUAGAUGCACAAUUCAUUUAUUGCAUUCAGUAGUUCAUAAAAAUAAUCAAACUUUUCAGUACAAUCCAGUACUGGUAGCUGACAUGUGAAGGCGUAGAAAUAUGUGUAUUGUCGCUGGCACAGGGAGUUGUGCUCCUGUGGAAAAUAGUCACACGAAGGCAGCACUGAGCGGUUGCUGUGGAGACACAACAUAACCUGAGCUUCCUCACAAAAGAGGUUGUUAACUCACACAGCAUUCAGCUCACUGAAUGAUUUUUAUUCCCCUGAAGUGUUCUCAAACAGUAUUUUCCUUGAAAAACUCUGUUAAUACUCUGAAGGUGUAAAAUGUGAUAUUCUUAUGAAUCAGAAGACUAAGGUUCCAUCUGCUGGCUGCUUUAAGACUGUGGGACUGUUGAUGUGUGCCACAGGUUGCCUUCUGAGUUCUGUCUUUCUUUAUUCAGAUUUUCUCUUGGACAGCUCCAUAUAUGAAGCUAAAUUACAUUAGGUAAAAACAUAACAAACUGAGAAAAUUUGUAUUUCUUUCAUGUUUUAACCCAGCUUUUCAUCUGGUUAUUUCUGCUUGCCUUGUGUUCUAAAGGAAGCAGCUUGCUUUCUUUUCUGAUGCAUGUCCAACCUAAUGUUUUCACAUUUUUCAUGAAAUAUUUGUCCUUUGUUACAUUUUGUUUGUCAUACUUAGUUUGUAUGUUCAUAUUCUGCUAACACAAGCCUCCCUUGUGCCCUCUGCCGGGCAUCAAGAUGUAGAACUAACCAGCAUGUCACCAGCGGCCUCUGCAGGCGCUGUGUCUGGGAGGCAUCAUUCAGGCGUCCUGUGUGCCUGGAAAUCCAUAACCUUGUUACACUUUUUGUUUCAUUUUGUCCCAUCUUGUCACCUAUCUUUCUCUGAGGACUUCUUGAUUUUAUACUGUCAUAUUUCAUCAUUUUUUACAUUCAUAAGCAAAACUGGAAGCUUUUUAUUAUUUUGCUGUCUUACUAAUUGUCUUUUUAAUAGAAUCCAUAUGGAAGUGACUUGCUUUUUCUUUAUUCUAUUCAGUUACCAACUACUUAUUUUAAGUGUCAUCCUCUUAUCCACUUGAACAAGCAAUUCAAGUGAUUAAUCAUGAAGGAGUUUUGUGCAAGGUUGGUCAUUGGCUGUUUGAACCAUUAUGGACUGUUUUGCCAACCCUCCUCCCCCUCCUGCUCAUAUCCUCCAGUGACCAGACUCCUCUACAUUCUUGCCUUCCUCCUCCUCAUCCUGCUCCCCAUCCUCCUCCCCCUCCUCUUCCUCCUCCUCCUCCUCCUCCUCCUCCUCCACUUUUUCAUCCUUCUCCUCCUCUAUUUCCUCCUCCUCCUCCUCCUCCUCCUCCUCCUCCUCCUCCUCCUCCUCCUCCUUCUGAUUAGCGUGUCAUGGAAGAAGCUGCUUAAGGCCCAAAGAGCACUUUUAAGUUGUUACAUAUUUUUAUUUAUGUCUGCUCACCUAUACAUAAUCUACACAUAGUACUUGCACAUAUAUUAAUAUGACAGUUAUUGUUUAGUUUGCAGAAAACUUGUCUGUGAGUUUUUACUUAAUUAGUUGUGAUAAUGAGGUAGGGUUUUGAAGACACUUGAUUUACACUAAUAUUGUAUGCUUAGUAUGGAGUUAUUUUUUGUAAGUACAAAUAUUUUUUUUACCUACAUUAUUGUACAUAUUAUUUCCCCGUCUCCGUAAGGUGUAAUGUUGAUGAGUUGUCCGGUGUCUCCCGGCAUCACAGUCCGGGUGUUGCUUCGUGUUCUCACAUCAUAUCAACUAAAUUUUUGUCAUGUGUAAUAUCAUGGCUCAGUGCCAGAGAAGCUGAAGGUCUUAUUAAAAUCUACAUAAAGCAAA